CGUAGAUUUUUCCUGAAUAUAGACCAGCACAGUAAGCAUAUAGGUCCUGGGGAACUAGAGAGAGACCUGAAGAGCCCAUUUUUCAGUAUCUUUGUAUUUAAAUUCUCAGUUGUUAAAUAUCUUGUUCUAGUAGUUGCCAAAAUACCACACUUAAAAUGUUGGGGAAACGAAAGCGUGUGGUGUUGACAAUUAAAGACAAACUUGAUAUUAUUAAAAAACUCGAGGAAGGCAUCUCUUUUAAAAAACUUUCUAUGCUAUAUGGAAUUGGUGAAUCAACAGUUCGUGAUAUUAAGAAGAACAGAGAAAGGAUCAUAAACUACGCAAACAGUUCAGAUCCUACAAGUGGCAUAUCCAAACGUAAAUCCAUGAAAUCAUCAACAUAUGAGGAACUUGAUAGAGUUAUGAUAGAGUGGUUUAAUCAGCAGAAAACAGAUGGGAUUCCAGUGUCUGGAACAAUCUGUGCAAAACAAGCUAAGUUCUUUUUUGAUGCUUUAGGGAUGGAAGGUGACUUUAAUGCGUCUUCUGGCUGGCUAACUCGAUUUAAGCAGCGUCAUGGUAUUCCAAAGGCUGCUGGUAAAGGAACAAAAUUAAAAGGAGAUGAAACUGCUGCCAGUGAAUUUUGUGGUAACUUUCAAGAAUUUGUUGAGAAGGAGAAUUUACAACCAGAGCAAAUUUAUGGUGCUGAUCAAACUGGAUUGUUUUGGAAAUGUCUACCAUCAAGGACAUUAGCUCUUGACACUGAGCAAAGUACUGGGUAUAGGUCAAGCAGAGAGAGAAUCAUUAUUAUGUGUUGUGCAAAUGCCACAGGUUUACACAAACUUAAUCUUUGUGUUGUGGGAAAAGCAAAAAAACCCCGUGCAUUCAAAGGAACGGACCUUUCUAACCUUCCUGUAACUUACUUCAGUCAAAAGGCUGCAUGGAUAGAACAUUCUGUUUUCAGACAGUGGUUUGAAAAAUACUUUGUGCCUCAGGUACAGAAACAUUUGAAAUCCAAGGGUCUUUUAGAAAAAGCAGUUCUUCUUUUGGAUUUUCCCCCUGCACAUCCAAAUGAAGAAAUGUUGAGUUCAGAUGAUGGCAAAAUAAUUGUGAAACAUUUGCCACCUAAUGUUACAAGUCUAAUACAACCUAUGAGCCAGGGAGUUCUAGCUACAGUAAAAAGAUACUACCGAGCAGGACUUCUCCAGAAAUAUAUGGGUGAAGGAAUUGACCCAAAAAUGUUUUGGAAGAACUUGACAGUGCUGGAUGCAAUUUAUGAAGUAUCAAGAGCUUGGAAUAUGGUAAAAUCAAGUACUAUAACCAAAGCAUGGAAAAAACUUUUCCCUGGCUAUGACGAUAAUCCAGGUGUAAACAUUGAUGAAGGAGCCAUUUUAGCAGCUAAUUUAGCAACGGUUUUACAGAAGACAGAAGAUUGUGAACAUGCUGACAUUGGGCAUAUCGAUCAGUGGUUUGACUCUCAGAGUAAUGACUCUAGCUGUCAGGUGCUAACUGACAACGAAGGUCCUGAGGAUCAGGCCAAACCUGCUGAGCAAAAGCCUUCCAGUAAAACUAGAAAAACAGAACUGACUCUAGAGAAGCACAUUAGUCAUAAAGCUGCACUUGAAUGGACUGAAAAUUUACUGGAUUAUCUAGAACAACAAGAUGACAUGCUUCUGUCUGAUAAAUUGGUAUUACGUAGACUUAGAACGAUAAUAAGAAGAAAACACAAGAUUCAAAAUAGCAAAAAUCAUUAAAUGCUUUGCUGUAUUUGUAUUUUGUGACUUUAUCUACAGCAGAACUUAAUUAUCCUGUUUGAAGUGCUGUGGAUUCCAAGGCCAAACACGUGCUUUCCAGAUUAACUGCCUUUUUGGAUUACUGGAACUGAACCUCUUUAAUGCUGACAUUAGUAAUUGAGCGUUGACAUGUAACUUGUCUGUGUUCUGUUUCUAAUCUGUAUUAUACAAAGUCGAUUAUAAGGUGCCUGAGAUCAGGGAUUGUAUGUCUCAGCUGUGCCUGCAUUUCAUUGUGUAUAAUAGAAAAUCAUUCACACUAUAGGCACUCAAUAAAUCCUACUUAAAAUUUCAUUUUAU